UGUUGGUAAAUAAUAAAUGCCUUCGCUUCGCUUCUCAGGAAGUGCGCGAAUGCCUCACCGCUCUGGAAAAUGAGGAGGCGACGGUUUCUCACGGAACACAAUCGCAUCAGAUAACUGGACGUGUUAUGAAUGUGAAGAUGGAGGGUCGAGGAACGGGUCUACCAUGGGGAAAACUGGUGUAUUUGAAAGUCGGCUCCUGUGAAUCUGAAGUUCUGCUAAUCAAAAAGCAGUACACGAUUGGCCGGAGAAAAGGAUGUGAUUUAUCCUUCCCUGCCAACAAGCUGGUCUCAGGGGAACACUGCAAAAUUGUACAAUAUGAGAACUCAGGGAUGGUGUGGCUGGAAGACAUGAGCACCAAUGGCACUGUGAUCAACAUGUCUAAACUGGUCAAGAAGCAGUUACACAUGGUGCAGAAUGGAGAUGUCAUCCACUUUGUGUACCGGAAGAACGAGCCAGAGCAAAACAUUGCUUACGUCUACCACUCCAUAAAGCCGGAGCUGGGUGUUUCGCAGGAUGCGUGUGGUGCUGUAUCCCGAGGUGGCGUCGUGGCGCCGGGGGGCUUCCACGCCCGCGCUGCCUCCCCCUCAGACCUCUGUCUCUCCGUGGAGCCCGUGUUGCUGAGCAGUGCCCCGCGGGAUCUGUCCCGGGAGGACCCGCAGCCCUCCACCUCCGCCGCCCUCCUGCACAUCGAGGGCUCCGCCGGCCCCGCCGCCCCGGCCAGGGUCACCCCACCCCACGGGGCCUCCCCUGCCCACGGGCUAUCGGCCGUCACAGUCCCCUCGCAGGACAACACAGACGCCAUGGAGCCAGAGAGGAAAAGGAGGAAGACCACUAACGAUACGGCCCUCCCCCACACUUCAAGCUCCGCCCCCAGCGGCCCUGGCCCCGCCCCCAGUGGCCCCGCCCUGGGCCUCCUGCGGGACCUCCUUGGCAGGAAGGCCCCGGCCCCGGCAGCGGAGGCCAAGACGGACAAGAUGGAGGACUCCCUGACCUGCAUCAUCUGCCAGGACCUUCUGCACGACUGUGUCAGCCUGCAGCCCUGCAUGCACACGUUCUGCUCCGCCUGCUACUCCGGCUGGAUGGAGCGCUCCUCGCUUUGUCCCACCUGCCGCUGCCCCGUGGAGAGGAUCCGCAAGAACCACAUCCUCAACAACCUGGUGGAGGCCUACCUCAUCCAGCACCCAGAGAAGUGCCGUAGCGAGGAGGACCUGAAGGGAAUGGACAGCCGUAACAAGAUAACUCAGGACAUGCUGCAGCCCAAGGUGGAUCGGUCUCUCUCCGACGAGGAGGGCAGCUCGGAUUAUCUGUUUGAGUUCUCAGACAACGACAGCGAUUGGUCGGACAACAGCCAGCCGUUUGUGGUGUGCAGACAGUGUCCGGGGUACAGGAAGGAGGGGGCUCAGGACCCGUUCACCACGGGCUCCAGCGUCUCGGUGUACCCCCGGUCAGCCACUCUCCUCGGCCCCGGCCCGCUGCCACCGCUGGGGGCGGCGGCGGCGGCGGCGGCGGCGGCGGCAGCAGCCGGAGCAGCCGGGCCGGAGCCCAAGGAGGAGGGAGGAGGGAAGCCAGCCGCAGAGCAGCCCUCCACCUCUGCAGACGGCCCCGCCGACCCAGUCCAGGAGUACCGCUGCUCCCCACAAGGCUCCCAUGUCAUCUGCUCCUGCUGCCUGCAGGCCAUGCCCGACCGACGCUCCGAGCCAGGGAGCCAGCAGCACGCUGUCCAGCAAUGUGGAGUCUGCCAGAGGCCUUUCUGUCACAUGUACUGGGGCUGUGAGAGGAUUGGCUGCCAGGGCUGCCUGGUCCGCUUCAGUGGGGUCAAUCUCACAAACAAGUGCCUGGAUGGAGUGCUCAACAGCAAUAACUACGAGUCCGAAAUCCUCCAGAACUACCUGAGCUCCAGAGGCAUGUCCUGGAGGGAUGUGCUCCAGCAGGGACUGCAGGCCUUGGAGCAGGGAGCCUUCCAACUGUCUGACUACCGCAUUUCUGGCAGCACAGUGCUGUGCUACUGCUGCGGCCAGCGCACCUUCAAGGAACUGGCCUACAGGUUCAGGCAGAACAUCCCAGCAUCUGAGCUGCCAGCUGCUGUUACAGCUCGUCCUGACUGCUACUGGGGUCGUAACUGCCGCACCCAGGUCAAGGCACAUCAUGCAGUGAAAUUCAAUCACAUAUGUGAGCAGACUCGCUUCAAGAACUGAAGGAGCAGAGGGAUGGUUUCACUGACUCACAACAGGGACUGGACCUCUCUACAUUAGAAUGAGAUAAACCACACACCUUUGCUGAAGUCGUGGAGCGCUCGCUGUCAGGAUUCGUGGUUGUUAUGUUUUUAUUUUUGUUAGAUGUGUAGGUUAGGGGGCAGGUUUAAUGCUUCCCCAGGGAAUGGCCCGUCGCAAAACAUUACAAUCAAAGCAGGAGUAAGCAUCAAUGUUACAUGUGGAUUUUUAAUGCGACACAUGGUUGUCUAGAACACAGCUAUGCACAGUGCUUAACGGUUAAAUCUGCUACUGAGGCCUGGCCAAGUGACCAACAGCUGCUGUUAUUAAAAAAAAAACACAACCAGAGUUGAAACCCCGCAGCAAAACUUGUGGUGAAUUGUAGCAGCAGCCACUGAUUGGUUGGUUUUAGCAGCUGACGUCAUCAGUGGAGGACACAGUCGCUAUCUGGCUUUAUCCUAGCCAUGUUCAUAAAAGCAAAACAAACUGCAAUAUUCUAUCUCAAUUCAGAGCGAGUAAAGCAAUCUGCAAUGGAUUAAGGCCAUAGACUGUAUCUGUGUGUUGAAGUAUGCUAAUGAUACGCAUAAUAUGUAUAUAAUUCCUCAUUUUAUAUAGAUAUAUAGUUUCCCAUCUAUCUGUGCCUGAAUAGCUAUAACUUAAAAGGCAAUACCCCGGAGUUGACUUUCUUUAUUUUGAUAAUUGCAGUUUCCAGGGCUUUCUGUGAACAUUGAGACGUGUUCAUAUGUUGGGUCGAUAUUCGCUUGACAUGCACACCUUCUCUAUGCACUUCCAGAAGGCUGGAAGUCCAUUUAAACUGCUGGCUCUCAUACAGCAUGUAUGGCCAUGUGUCUAAAAUGUUGUGGUGGUUUGUAAGGGAUUACCCCCCCCCCCCACCUCACCAAGGUUUUACAAGGAACGGGACUUUCCCAAGGCAGAGGUGAGACUCCCCACCACCCCCCCCACCCCAAUCCCUCUAAUGCAUAAUAGGGUAGAUGGGAAUCCCAUGUGAUUAUUGUGUAGGAUUUCAUGUCUGUGGGAGGUUUUAUCAGGGAAGGAUUGUUGUAGUGCUUUGCUUUCUGAGGGAACUGACCCUGGCCUUCGUGAGAUGCUUUGCUGGGGAUAAUCAACCUCAAGCUGAUUAAGGCCAGUGUAUUAAAGACGGUUCUCUAAGACCCUUGUAGUAAGGGAUGAGGGCAACCUGGUGUUCAAUGCACAAUGGUUGGAUGGCGAAUGUACGCGUAUCUUGCUUUCGAAGCACUGAACUUUGAGAUUUUUUUUGUCUUAAUUGGUUUGUAUACUGUUGCCAUUUCGCUCCUAUAAGUUUAUGUGUUUAGCCACGUUUUGAGAGUUGCUGUUUUUUAGGGAAACUGGAAUUGAUAAUGUGCCAAUAUACCCGUUUAAGGUAAAUAUUUUCCUACGGCUUGUUGACCCUAUAGUAUUAACUUGCUAAAUUAGGGCUCAAUCUUUUGUAAUAUUGUGGUUGUUUUAUUUUCUGUGAUUAGGCAAUGCGAAAAUCUAGUCUAUACUUCUAUUAAAUUCAAUAAUUGCUAGGUAUUAAUGAGAGUUCUCUCCAUGUUGAAGAGCAAUUAAACUUUAAAUUAAAAUGGCAAUUAUAUGCUAUCCAAUCAGUGGUCCUGGAGUGGGGUUUUCCCCACUCAAAUAUAAUGUAAGCGCAACGUUUACUUGAACUACUGCUUGGUAAUUCACCUUGUUUUAUUUUUUUGGGUUGGGAUCUCCAAGGGCCAGCCGUUGUUCUAAAAGGCUUUCAUAUUGAAAUACGGUUUUGAUUGAGUUAAGAUAAAGUUUGGUUAAUUUAGAGAAAUUGUGUGUAGACCAUACGGAGGGAAGUUUUUGUGUAAAUCAUUGCUUUUGUUUUUUACUGUCUUGUGAAUUAGAGGGUAGCAAGUUUUUGAAUGUGUACAAUGUUAAUCUGCAAUUUUCUGUCUGUAGAUGCUUGGUUAAGAGGUCUUGCUUGCAAACUUUGUGUUUACCUGCGAUUUUUCUUUUUAUUUAUUUUUGCACUCACCUUUUUUUUCAUUUUUAUUGUUUCUCUUCGAUUCACUAUCAUUAUAAAACCUGGUACAUACGUACUCUUUGAAGCAUUUAUAAUUAAUACAUCAGUCUUAGUACUGCCCAACAUCCAGAUUUAGGAUUGGUUGAAUUUCUUUACUAGAGUUUAGUUUUUGUCCAACGCUUACACAUUUUUCCUGCUUCCUUAUUACCUUGAUCAAUAAUGUGGGAUUGGACAGCCGGGCUAUGGAAGAAAGCUCUAAAUAAAAAGGCUUCCACGACAUUAGACACUCCACCUCCUUGCUGCAACUGCCGGGUGCGAGAGUCACCCUUUUGUAGAUCAUUCCCAACAUAACAGAAUACACAGUACCCCCCCCCCCCCCCCCCCCCCAGCUUCAGUCUGAGUGUUGAGUUCUGGUAGGUUGACGUGUUUUGAGUCAUGUAUCAUGAAUACUUAUUCCCCGCCCCCCCCCAGUUAGUGGUGGUCCUUUUCUCACUGGCAUUCCUGAGCAGCUCAGGCCGUCGACACACACAGGCCCUGUCGAAUCCCCCCCCGACCCCUCCGGAGACCCAGAGGGGUUCUGUUUAAUGACCCUCUCACCGGAGGAGAUCUGGGCCCACUAAUAAGCAGUCCCAAGCCACCUCCGACAGGAAUGGAGCUUUAAAGAGGCUUUGCAACUCACCACUGCUCCCCCUCCCUGGGUACUCGUUCUCCAGGCCAGUGGAACACACUUUGAUGCAGGUUGCAUUCUACCUCAUUGCAAGGAUGUGUGGCACAGGGUGCAUGCACGGCAGUAUUUACUGUCGCCCACACACAAAACAUGACACAAUUCUUUUUCUUUUUUUUUCUAAAUAUAUAUAUACAAGCAUUUGUGUUUUAAUAGAUGUAGAGAGGGGAUGUUCAUUUGGUGUUCUCCAAUUUCAUUUGAUUACUGUUGUUUCUCCCCCUCCCCCCCUUAAAGGCUUAGGAGUUAAAGGCAAAUCGCAAUUGGCUUACUGUAUUUGGCACUGGUGUUAUGACUAGUUAGUAUACAGUGUAUUGGCCACCCAGGAAUCUCGAUGCAAAGGAUCCAACAUGCCUCUUGGUCUGCACUAAUAAAAACAUUUUAAAAUACUGUCUUAAGCUAAUUUGGCUGGUACUGGUUGUACUUCAGACACUGCACAAUCCUGCCAUGGACAUUUCUUGAAUUAAUACAUUAAGCAGCCUUAGCUUGUGAAGGAAAUGUUUUUUCCAGGAAGGCCUUCUAUUAAGUGAACCAUAGAAUAUGUUGAGACACAACAGAACACAGCCCUUUGACAUGCUUUUAUUUCUUUAAGUUCAGAGUCAACCUUUUAUUUCUUCAGCACUAAUGCUUUAGUAACUGCGUUUAUACAAUUAAUUCCCUUUUUAAUCCAAAAUCGUCUUCAGACAUGAUUACAGGUGAGAUUUUCAAGUUUUACAUUAAACAGUGAUAUUAAUGUAGAAUUUAUAUUCUGCUGUACUGUCAUUGAAAAGCAUAAGCAUGUACUGAAAAAGACUGAAAAUGCAGAUAAAGAUUUGGCACAAAAUGAAUGAGCCGCAAUUAGUGAGAUAUUGAAAGUGCAAAUGUUGGAGUGUAUCAAACAGUAUACAAAUAGAAAACUUAAGUGCACUGAAAAUAAAUGGGAGUCCUAAAUAGAAUGUUCUCGUUUUCAUCCAAUCUAUACAUUUGUUUUUUCUUCUUAAUACAAAAGACAGUCAGCCAGUUCCCUGGCAUUGCAAUAGCAUUAUGGUCAAUCUUUGUUCAAACACAUGAAAAAAUAGAAAUAUUGUAGUGCGGUCUUAUCGCCUGCAGGACACUAAAGGUGCUACUAACUUCAGCUCAAUUUAGAGCUCUGUGGAGGGCAGGUUCCACACAUGAGGACCAAAAGAGUUCCCCAGGGCAGGCCUUUAGUGGAGAGUCCAGGCUCUGCCCAUCCUCAAACGCCACUGGUCACCUCACCUUGCCUGUCAAACUGCACAACACUUGAUUGGCUGAGGGGAGAGCUAGCAUCAACGACAAAGGCGGGGCUCCUUCUCAGCGUCGGUGGCAACCGAGCCGGGGGAGGAUGGGGUUGAAUGGAUGGCAGCUUAUGCCGGCCUCCCCUCAGCUCAUCCAGGGCUGCUGGGGGGCUUCCGGCCUAGCACAGCGGGGUGAGCCUUCUCUCCUGGUACAAGCCCCCUGCCUGUCCGUUCACCGUGGAGGAGGAGGACGGGGAUAAGGAGAUGGAGGAGAAGGAUGUCUGAGCCAGGUGCUCCGCUGGGACCAGGGGCUCUCGGUCCUCCUCCUCAGAGAUGGCGAACACCGGCACGCUGACGUGGUCGGUUCCGUCCGUGCUCAGGUUGCGCCGCUUCCCGCCCUUCGAGCCCCUGUCCUGCGGCUGCUGCUGCUGGCCGGAAGGCGAGGAGGAGGCGGGGCCCGGGGCCCGUGCCUCCACCGCCCCUGGGGUCGCCCUGGCCGGGUCGUCCGUCCCGCAGAGCAGGCCGAAGCCGUUGAAGAGAGAGCGGCGCAGGUUG